UGUGGCUGCAGCUUGUACUUUAGUUCUCGGUCAGGACGUGAGCAGUGACAGUUUGUGGGGUUAUUUAUUAAUCACCAUAAUAAUCACCAUAAUGCCGGUGGAUGUGGAGCAGUGGUCUGGUCCUCUGUCCCUCACUGAGGUGGACGAGAAGCCAAACAAAGCCCUGAGGGUUAAAUACGAGUCUGUGGAGCUGGACGAGCUGGGGAAAGUUCUCACACCUACACAGGUGCAGAAUCGGCCCACAGUGAUCGAGUGGGAAGGCUGCGACUCCGCUAAGCUGUACACUUUGGCCAUGACUGAUCCGGAUGCCCCGAGCAGGAAAGAUCCCAAAUUCAGAGAAUGGCAUCACUUCCUGGUGGUGAACAUGAAAGGGAACGACGUGUCCAGCGGCUGCGUGAUGUCUGACUACGUCGGAUCUGGUCCUCCAAAAGGAACCGGUCUCCAUCGUUACGUGUGGUUGGUGUACGAGCAGCCGGGAGCAGUGAGCUGCACCGAACCCGUCCUGACCAACCGCUCCGGAGACAACCGCGGGAAGUUCAAAAUCCAAAACUUCCGCAAGAAAUACGGCUUGGGCGCUCCGGUGGCCGGGACGUGCUACCAGGCAGAGUGGGACGACUACGUCCCCAAACUGUACGAACAGCUCGCAGGGAAAUAAACGGAGACGAUUUAUCACACGAUUAGGAAGUCGAGGGUGGACGAGAUAACAACAACAAAUAAAACAGACACAUCGCUAAAUUUGUUAACAUGUCAUGCAACAUGUUGAGCUUUGAUAAAUGAACAGAGCACUUUUUCAUUUCUGCCAGUUAUUUAAUGAAGAAAAAAAAUAACUGUCAACAGUUGCUAUGCAGAUUUAAUUAGGUAUUGUGAUGUCAUUAGUUAUUAAGUCCUCUCUGAUUGGUCGAAAUAUCUUAUGGAGAAAAUCUAAUUUCAGUCAUAUAUCACGUCACAAAAAUAAAGAAAAUCGUCAGUAGAAUCGAGUUGCCGCACUUCCAACACAUUGCACUUAAUGAGGAGAUUUUUACUUUUAUUUUUAUUCAUUUUAGCUUUGUUCUGCGCCUCCUGCCUUGUUCCCAUGGAUACCGUGUUCAUUUUUCUGCUCCACGUGAACACGACGCUUGUCGACCGUCAUGGGGAUAAAAAAAUAAAUAUAAAAGACCUUCA